AUGGCUUUCGCCGGUCUUGAAUCAGGAAGACCUUCGGAGGAAGAAGCCCUUGUUAGCAGAAUUCUUGAAAAGGCAAUAAAAAUAAACCGUGUAAUUGAUGUUGAGGGUUUAUGUAUCGUUGCUCAUGAAAAAGCAU